CAUUAAAUACCAAAGCCUCAUUGAAAAUACUUUUAUUCAUACAAGUCCAUAACACACACAGAGAGAGAUUGAGAGAGAGAAAUGGCAUACUAUCGGAUUCAGGCAGCGGUGUUGGUGGCAGCGUUCCUGCUUCCAGCAUUGGUCGAGUCCACGGUUAGGCACUACAAGUUCAGUGUGGUGUUGAAGAAUGCAACAAGGCUGUGUGCAACAAAGCCAAUUGUGGUAGUGAAUGGGAAGUUCCCAGGGCCUACUCUUUAUGCAAGAGAAGAUGACACCGUAAUCCUCAGGGUCGUCAACCACGUCCAGUACAAUAUUACUAUCCAUUGGCAUGGAAUAAAGCAGCUAAGAACAGGAUGGUCAGAUGGGCCAGCAUACAUCACACAGUGCCCAAUACAACCAGGGCAAAGCUACAUCUACAACUUCACAAUCACAGGUCAAAGAGGUACCCUUCUUUGGCAUGCCCAUAUCACCUGGCUAAGGGCUACUGUUCAUGGUGCCAUUGUCAUCUUGCCCAAGAAAGGGGUUCCUUAUCCUUUCCCCAAACCUGAUAAGGAAGAAGUCAUUAUCUUCGGUGAAUGGUGGAAGGCAGAUGUUGAAACAGUGAUAAACCAGGCUAUGCAAUCUGGAUUACCACCAAAUAUAUCAGAUUCACAUACCAUUAAUGGACAUCCAGGACCUUUUCCAAAUUGCUCUUCUCAGGGUACUGACUAUGGGGAAUACAUAGGUUACAGUUUACAUGUUGAAACCGGGAAAACCUACCUGCUAAGAAUCAUCAACGCUGCAGUCAAUGAUGAGCUAUUUUUCAAGAUUGCCGGGCACAAUCUAACCAUAGUUGAAGUGGACGCCACCUAUGUUAAGCCCUUCUCAAUCGACACCGUGUUCAUCGCUCCAGGCCAGACCACAAAUGCCCUCCUAACCGCCAGUCACGACACGGGAAAGUUCUUAAUUGCCAUCUCACCCUUUAUGGACAGUGUGGUGGCGGUGGACAACCUCACUGCCACCGGCAUUUUGCGCUACAAAGGCACGCACGCCUUUUUCCCGACCUCCCUCACCACUCUCCCUCCUCUAAACGCAACGCCGGUGACAAAUAGCUUCAUCCUGUCCCUUAAAAGCCUUAAUUCGAUACAAUACCCGGCUAAAGUACCGUUAACGGUUGAUCAUUCGCUUUUUUUCACUAUCGGGGUUGGGAUCAACCCCUGUUCGACAUGUGUCAAUGGAAGCAAGGCUGUUGGGAAUAUGAACAAUGUUAGUUUUGUGAUGCCCACUAUAGCCAUGCUUCAGGCACAUUACUUCAAUAUAAGCGGAGUUUUCACUGAUGAUUUUCCCGGAAACCCGCCAAUCCCUUUUAAUUAUACAGGCACGACACCGAAGAAUAUGCAGACUAAUAAUGGUACAAAGGUUUAUAGAUUGGCUUACAAUGACACGGUACAAGUUGUGCUCCAGGGCACAGCUUUUUUGGCGCCAGAGAGCCAUCCAAUUCAUCUGCACGGGUUUAACUUCUUCGCGAUUGGAAGGGGAGUGGGUAAUUUUGACCCGGUUAAUGAUCCAAAAAAAUUUAAUCUUGUUGAUCCUGUUGAGAGGAACACACUCAGUGUUCCAACUGAUGGGUGGGCUGCUAUUAGAUUCAUAGCAAAUAACCCAGGUGUGUGGUUUCUACAUUGUCAUUUGGAAGUACACACAACUUGGGGACUGAAGAUGGCAUUUUUGGUGGACAAUGGAAAAAACCCAAAUGAGACACUUAUACAGCCUCCAAGUGACCUUCCAAUGUGUUAGCCAAUUCCAAUAAAUAAAAAAAGUGGCUGUGUUCUCAGAUAUUUGAGGGAUCAUCAUUAUUAUUAUCAUUACAUCAGAAGAAGAGGUAGAAGAAAAAAACAAGAUUGGGUGGUGCACAAAAUUAAAGAAAGAAAGAGCAAAGGAUUUGACACAGAGAGAAGAAAUAAGAGUUGAGUGAGUGAAGAGAGAAUUUGAGUUGAUUCCAUUGUUCUAUUGGAUAAUUAAUUCCAUUUUGCUUUUGAAUUUAUGUGUUUGAAUGUAUAGAAUAUAAGUACUCUCUAUUGCUUGCACUAACUGGAAUUUUGAAGGAA